UUUCCGCUUUCCGAGAUGUUGCUCACUCGUGCUUUAACCGCCAUCGUCUCCACGAAGAGCUGCUGCAGCAAUCAAGCGUUCUUACUCGGUGUCGCCUCGAAGUGGUCUUCUUCUGCUAUCAAUAAUAGUAGUGUGCGAGUUCUGCCGCAAACGCGUACCUUUGCUAAGAAAAUGAGUCUGCCGCGUUGCUUUUUCGACAUGACUGUGGACAACCAGCCGGUCGGCCGUAUCCUGAUCGAGCUGCGUCCCGAUGUUGUACCGAAGACGUGUGAAAACUUCCGGGCACUCUGCACAGGGGAAAAGGGUUUCGGCUACAAGGGGUCGAUCUUUCACCGUGUGAUUCCGAACUUCAUGUGUCAGGGCGGUGACUUCCAGAACCACAACGGUACCGGCGGCAAGUCUAUCUACGGCAACAAGUUCGAAGACGAGAACUUUAUCCUGAAGCACACCGGCCCGGGUAUCCUGUCGAUGGCGAACGCUGGCCCCAACACGAACGGUUCGCAGUUUUUCAUCACCACCGUGAAGACGGCCUGGCUGAACGAUCGUCACGUCGUGUUCGGCAGCGUGGUCGACGGCAUGGACGUGGUGCGAAAGAUCGAGUCCUUCGGAUGCCACUCGGGCAAACCGUCGAAGCAAAUCGUGGUUGCAAACUGUGGCCAGCUGUAAAUUCCCAUUCUUUUUCACCUUUGUUUUUUAACGGCCAGCGCUUCUACACUAGCUCGUGCCGUCUCCAGCGCGCCGUGCACCGUGUGCUGCUGCUUCGAGACUUUCCUUGAAAUUCAUUCAAUGAUUCCUUUUUUUUUAAAUAAAAAAAAACACAAUUACAUACGCACUCACACAUUACUAAAUCAGGAAGUACCGUUUAAACAGUAGAAUAACGGAAUUUUGUGCAUUUGAAGGAGAGUGUGAAAGAUAAGGAGGGGGGAAACUCGCCCACUAACUCGUGGUGUGUGUUUGUUUCCUUCGUACGUCUAAUGGGAUGAAGAUGACGUUAUUCUGUCUGUGAGGUGUCGCUCAUUACGUAAUUAUGCAUUUUGUCCUACCACGCUAAACCCCUAUUUCUUUAACAAGAACAAGAAUAAAGUGUAAUAAUGGUAAACAAGAACUGUUAAUUUAUGAA